CGUACACCUGCAGCAUUUUGUCCUGUUCCCACAGUCUACAAUGCCUGUCAAGACAUGAUUCGUGUCUCCUACCAGGUCACACCGCAUCUCCAGAGUAAUCUCUGUCAUUCUCCACCUUCCAUUCUGCGUUCCGUCGGUGUAUCUUGAUAUCGUUCACAAAAAGGUUACACUCGCGCGGCAUCAACAUGUAACAACAAGGCUUCAAAAAUCAUUAAUGAGUUCAGAAGAACGUAACUGUAGUCAAACCUUCAAGGCCAGCUCCGAUUCCGACAAAAGAUUCAAUCCCCAGUGGCAGGCCGAUCCAUACUGGAUAUCCUUUCACCAAUAAUGACAAGCUUCGGUCCUUUGUCAGUCUCAAACGAUUUAACUUUCUUUUCAUGGAUGUUACCAUUCGGUCUUCGAAGCCAGUGCAACUAUAUAGACACUGCGGAUGAAGAGUGAGGGAUCUUUUGAAUCCGACCUUUCUGUCUUUCCCUCAUACCCCCCUCGCUAUUUUGUUGUCACUCCAAAUCUUUAGCCAGAAAUCUAAAAUGGGGCCUCAUACAUUGCCCGCCUGGCCUGUUAUGGUAGAUACAACAUGCGUCGCCGUUGUACUCGCUACUGUACUCAUCUCAUCAUUGCAAAUCAUCGUGACAUGGAUCAAGAGCAAGCGUGGCGGGCAUAUUCAGCUUUCUGAAUCUUUUGAACCCAAGACCAAGAAGGAACUUUUCGAAACUAACUUAUUAUUUCAUGUUGCCAGGGAAACGCCUGAAGAUGGCGAACCGGUAGAGGUUGCUGGUUUUUGGAAAAGUACUAUCUUUGCCAAAGUUUCCCUUCUGUUGGUAACUCUCAGCAAUCUUGCGAUCCAAGCCGUAGAUACAAUCGUGACAUCACCUUAUCGCGGACAAUCAUGGCUCCCUCUUCUUACAUUAAUGACCGUAGCCUUGACCAAUAUCUAUCUCGUUGCGCUCUCCACGCACUACCUAUUUACUCGCAAUCUCGCCAGACACGCUAGUCUGACUAAACACAUUUGCACCAUCUCUAGCAUAUUACUUUUUCAUUGGUACUUUCAAACCCUGGGACAGUAUCUUUGGCGAAGUAUAAAUGUAGAUAUUCCCUGGACCGGCUACGCUUCAUUGGGAUUGGCGUUCCUUCAAACCGUCAUGUCAGGUCUCAUCCCUGUUGGACCCAAGCUGUGGGUGGAUAUAACCGCUGUAUACACUAAGGCAGUCCGUGCCAAAGUUGAGGACAAUGCUGUCUUCACAUUUGGUGGUAACCUUAUUGAGGAGAUUUCAUGCUCAGUCUUCGGAAAGCUAAUGUUUACAUUUGUUUACCCGAUGAUUGUCAAGACUGCAAAGAUGCACCAGGUUGACAUCCAGGAUCUCCCAGCCGUACAGGCUGAGAUGAGAACGCAGAACAUGUACCAUGAGUUUAUGGGCCCCAAAGCAACCGAGGAUAUCAGAUGGAAAAGGCAUCCAACGUUGUCGCUACUUUGGACAGUAUGGCGGCCUCAGCGACGAGCGGUGGUCAAGGCCCUCAUCUUCAUGUUCGCUCUCUGUCCUCUCUGGUAUCUUCCCCACAUUUGCCUUCAGCAGAUUCUUGGUAUCCUCGACGACCACACUGCCGUCCGGUUGAGCGCUGUAGCAUUUGCUGCUCUCAUGAUUCUUGCUAAAGUUGGCAACACGAUCAUUUCUAUGCAGCAAUACAAUAUUACCAUGUCAUAUGUCGGACCUCGAAUCAAUGCCCAUACGUCAUUCCUUCUUUACCAGAAACUCCUUACUCGCAAGCUCUUUGCCAUUCCGGAAAAUAAGGAAGGCGAUAAAGCUGUUCAUACUAAGGCCGAUAUUCUCAAUCUCAUCUCUUCUGACGCUUCUUCUGUGCAACGUGUCGGCUGGACGUUCACCAACCUUUUUCGAUCAGCACUUGAGAUGGCCCUUGGAUGCUCCUAUGUAUGGAUUCUUCUCGGUCCCUCUGGUCUGUGGGGUCUUUCUACCCUCAUCCUUACCUGUCCUCCGGCGUACUUGUUAACAAAAUGGGAAUACUCUGUUUUUGAGAAGAGGCUUGCCAUCAGGGAUGAAAGGGUAUCAUUGAUGCAGGAAGCCGUUCAGGCAAUUUCGAUGAUCAAAAUGAUGGCAACAGAGAGGUUCUGGUAUAGGAGGAUCAAUAGUGUGAGAGAAAGAGAAUUCAAGAAAUUGAUUCAGGCCCAGGUCUUGGGCUACAUCUCUGGUUUGCUUUAUUCGGCUGCCCCUACUGUCAUUGUCAUUGUUGCGUUUGCUCACUAUACACUUGUCGCUAAAAAGGAGCUUACAGCGACUAUCGCAUUUACUUCCAUUGCCGUUUUCAAUGAACUCCGCCCGGCUCUUCUCGAUCUGCCUUCCAGCGUGGCUGAGCUCCUCCAAGAGAUUCUUGGUGCUCGGCGUAUCGCCAAUUUCCUCACUACUGGAGACGUCGAGUAUUUCAAUGAUACUUCUUUCAAUUCCUCUGACAUCACAACUCCGGAAGAAGGUCCUCUUUACAUCGUUGGUACUGUCGCAUGGGAUGUACCAAAGAUCUACGUUGCACCAGCUAGCAACCACAGCACCGACACGUCAAGUGAUAGUUCGGAAAACAAUAAGGUCGGCUUCAGGCUUAUGGAUCUUGACAUCAAGUUUCCCAGAGGGAAGUUGACUCUUGUGGCUGGUAAAUUUGGUUCGGGAAAGUCUCUUCUGUUGUUGGCUUUACUAGGAGAGGCAAGGUUGAUUGAAGGCAAGAUUUCGUAUACGGUUUCUCCUAUCAUGGACCCUCAGAUAAUUGACAAGAACGACUGGAGUUUAUUGAAGAACGGAGUGGCCUACGCUCCUCAGACACCUUGGCUUCUGAGCCAAAGCAUUCGAGAUAACAUUCUUUUUGGCCUUCCUCUCGAUAUGGAGCGCUAUCGUUCUGUCUGCUUUGCUACUGGUCUCCUGCCUGAUCUUGAGCUCCUCGAGGAUGCCGACCUCACUGAAAUUGGCGAACGAGGCAAACUUCUCUCUGGUGGUCAAAAAGCUCGGGUCAGUUUGGCACGUGCGAUUUAUUCGAGGGCUUCAGUUCUUCUUCUGGAUGAUGUUAUAUCGGCCGUUGAUGCUCAGACGAGUCAGCAUAUCAUCACACAUUGCUUCAAUUCCUCCCUUAUGAGUGAUCGAACUGUCAUCCUCGCUUCUCAUGCUGUGGAGACUUUGGCGCCUUUGGCUACCCAUGCAGUUUAUCUGGAUGAUGGCAGAUGUCUUUGGCAAGGUUGGGGGAGGCAGUUGCUUGAGACUGAGCACAUGGCCCAUUUGAAGACUGAGUCUAGAUCGCCCAGUCGCUUGCCCAGCAGGUUGCCAAGUAGCGAAAACCUUAAGUCUGAAGCAAAGAGUGACAGGAAGGAUAAAAAGAAAGGUGAAAAGCCUGUCUCACUCGACGUUCAGGCGAUGAAAGAAAAGUUUGAAAUUGGUGAGGCGAUCCCAAAGACACCAAAACAGCUCGUAAUUGAAGAAGAAAGGGCGGUGGGAGCUGUGGAUCUAAUUCACUGGAAAAACCUACUAAAGUUUAACGGUAAUGGGGUAUAUUGGACGGUUGCCUUCACCCUCAUGAUGGCUGCUGUUCUGGCACCUGUUUGUGAGAGGAUGGCUCUUUCACUUUGGACAAGCACAGAAGGCGAGAGAUCAGUCGAUCAUAGCGUUGUGUUCUGGAUUUCACUUUACGCCGCUAUUUCUCUCACACGUGUUUUCCUGGACACAGUCUACGGUUUAUUCUGUUUCUGGGGUAGUAUGCGAGCUAUGAAAAUUAUCCACGGUCAGAUGCUCGAGUCGAUGUUACAUGCCAAGAUGCUGUUCUUCACCAAGACUCGAGCAGGAUCUAUUAUUCAGCGUUUCGGCAAAGAUCUUAACGACAUCCUUGACUGUUCCAAUUUGCUUACUGAAAUGACUGGAGGGGGCAUGAACAUUAUCAUCAGUCUGAUAUCAGUAUCCGUGUAUGGCGGCUGGAUAUUCUGUGUAGUGACCAUUCUAUUGCUCGCCGCUGCUUGGACACCAGGGAAAUGGUACCGGGCAUCUUCUCGACAAGUCCGUCGACUUCAAGCUGUCCUUCCGGGCCCCAUCAAUGCGAUUUACGGAGAGACUGUGGCUGGUACUACCGUUAUUCGCGCUUUCGGUGCCCAGUCCGUUUUCAUUGAUGAUCUCUUGAGAUGGACCAACAUGAAGAUCACAGCGACUAUUUGGACUGUUGCUAUCGCCCGAUGGCUAUUAUUGAGCUUGCAAGUCAUGGAUGUCAUUGUCCGUAUUACUGCUCUCACUCUUCUUCUUGCCCGAGCUUCCACUACAGGUGCUGUCGCUGGUUUCGUCCUUACUUUUGCUGGUUCCAUCUCCACUUAUGUUAAUUGGAUGCUUAUUCACCUCCGCAACUUCGAGCUCAAGGGUGUCAGUCUCGAACGCACUUCGGAAUACCGAACACUUUCACGAGAGGACGGUACGAAACUUCUUGCAGACGACACGCGGUAUGCCACAGAUGGACUAGAACUCGACGAAGAAGAAGAUCAGCGUCUUGGCAGUUGGCCUGAGCAUGGUGAACUCAAGGUUGAAGGCCUGUGUGCCCGAUACGGCCCUGAUAUGCCUGAGAUUCUCCAUGAUGUCACGUUCAGGGUGAAGGGUGGCGAAAGAAUCGGGAUUGUGGGCGCUACUGGAAGCGGAAAGUCAACCUUAGCGAAGGCGUUCUUUUCCUUUGUGGAUGUGACGAAAGGCAAGAUUGAAAUUGAUGGCCAAGAUAUUUCCACAAUUCCCCUAGGAGCGGUACGGUCUAAGUUGGGCAUCAUCGCUCAGGACCCUGUCCUUCUUUCAGGCUCUCUGAGGCUGAACCUCGAUAUAGAAGGCAAAUACUCCGAUGAGCAACUGUACACUGCGCUACGCCAAGUUCAGCUUCUCAAACGAUCCGAUUUCUGCCCCGAUCUCCUCAGCAACGACCUUACAUCUCUUACCAUUGAGACAAGCUCGCACAAACAGCUACAGCAACAAGAAAAUAUCUUCUCCAAUCUUGACUUUGAGGUGAAGGGCGGCGGAGAGAAUUUAUCAGCCGGUCAAAAGCAGCUUGUUGUGCUCGCCAGAGCGCUGCUGAAGAGACAUCGCGUUUUGAUUCUCGAUGAAGCGACUGCCUCAAUUGAUUCGGCUACCGAUGCUGAGAUCAGUCGAGUUGUGCACGAAGAGUUUACCAACGCCACAGUUCUUAUCAUCGCCCACCGACUGCGGACUAUUAUUCCUUGCGCCAACAUUCUGGUCAUGGACAAGGGUCAUCUAAUUCAACAUGGUUCUCCUCUCGAGCUCAUUCACCGCAAGGGUCGGUUCCAAGACCUGUGCAUGGCAGCUGGGGAAGAAGAGUACAGUCAUCUUAUCGGCCUGGCCGAGCAGCACGAUCCGUUGAACAAGGACGAGCUUAUAGGGUCGCCUUUUGUUCAGUGAUAGCUCAAACGGCAGAGAGCAUCUCUGUUACAAUCAUAAUCACGUCGCAUAAUAGAAAUAAGCAUGUACAUUGUAUUGAAACUGUACAGAUUGCUUGCUAGUUAGUACGAUUUCAUAGAGCUAGGGAUAUGAUAACGGAAUGUCAAUGGAAGGAUACAAACUUGUCCGUAUCUAGUCCCUCUCCAGUCGUACUGGGCGUCGACCCAGAAGACAGAAAGACUGUGCUUGAUCAGGGGCGUCGGCCGCUGCCAGCAAACAGCAAAAGGAAAACAGACAGGCCAGAGAACCAUUGUACUUGAUGUUUACUAUUCCGUCGAUAUUUGAGGCGCCCUCGUCGUGAAUAUCGGUCAAGAAGACCUCGACGAGGUGCCGUAUCAUCGCGGGAAGAUUGGUACAGG